GCUUUGUUGGGUCAGGAACCCAUGAGUGAGAAGGAACCAGCCUGGUUGUCAGUCCAUAAAGAGCGACUCCAGGAGGUUCACACACGUGCACGCGAGUACGCUGAGAAGAAGGCAGCAGAUCGAGUUGCUAAGCGCCAUAAUGAGUUAUACUGUCCAGAAGUUGCAGUUGGUCAACAUGUGUACUUACGGCAUCGUCCCCUGGGACGGAACAAGAUACAGGAUGCCUGGGCACCCACAGCCUAUAAGGUGAUCGAGGUGCAUGGAACAACCUACACUGUGGAGCCAGUGGGAGUUGGCCCGGCAAGACGAGUACAUAGGUCUGACAUUAGACCCUGUCCGGGACCAGUCCCAAUGCCACGGAGAAAAAUUAAAUCAGUGGAAGAAGUACCUACCUCCAUAAAAGGUAUGCCUUCAUUGGAUGCAGAGUGUGUUGUUGUGGAGAACACCGGAUUGCAUGAAAGUGGCUCAGCAAAUCCAGUACAGGAGGAGUCAGUGCAGAGUCAGCUGGACUUGGAUCCAGAUAGUGGUGCUAUGGAUGAGAUGGAGGAAGCACAGGAGAGAAGUAAGGAUCGAGUGAUUAAUGAAGUGAGCGCAAUUGAAGAGCUUUCUCUGCCUAACCCUGAAAGAACUGGUACACCGAUAAAAACGGUGAGUGCUAGACCAGUGCCAGUUCCCAGAAAGCCUAAGACAGAGAGUACUCAUGUUGAUGCACCUUGUCCAUCACCACGCAGAACUCAGCGGUCAACUGCUGGUGUUCAUGGUAAUCCAAAUAAAUUGCCAAAGUCAGUUUGCAAUGCUGUGAGCCUCAGCCCUGAUAUUCUGUCCAAGGUGUUAGCAGGUAUACUCCUGUAUACAUCUGAGAAACUUCAAGAAGUAGAUGAUUAAGAGGGUUUGAAGUCAUCGAGGACGUUGACAGUUGGCAGGGGAGAGUGUAACCGGGGUAAUAUUCAUUUGAAAUUUAAUUAAUUUCCCCAGUUAUACAACCAUAUUUAGUUUUGUUCGUUUUGAAACGCUGCCCCUUUAAGAGUUCACGUACACACAAACGCGGAAAAAAAGCGGUGCACGUCAGAUACAGAGAGCGCAGUGUGAAGCAGUUAUAGACAGGGAGAGAGAAAGUGGAUACAACUGUUAAAGAGAGAAAGUUCGCAGUUUUGUGUUAACUUGGGAGCAGGUAGCAGAUGCAGGUGGUGUGAGUUUGUUUAUCUGCUGGCUUAAUUUGCUGCUCAGCCGAUCAUUGUUCCUGCAUGUGAGAAAUCUCGGUGAGGAAGGAGAAUUCAGAGCACGCGAGUGGAGAUUGAGCAGGGGAGAAGAGCAGUACACAAGAUCACACAGGUGCUAACUGCUAAUCGCACGUGUGCUUCAGAGAAUCAGAACGAGCACAAAUAAGCCACUGCCGUUGUUUUGCACACAUUAAAUAGUUUAAUAACGUGGUUUUGAACUACUUUAAGUCACAUGGGGAUUUUGAUCUGGAUGUUUUGAAUACUGUCAAAGAAUUUAUUCUUAUAGUUAUAUAUACAUUUAUUUUUCCUGUUGCUGACCUAUUUUUAUUUUGCCAUAAAGCCAACUUUGUUUAUUGAUUGGACCUGUUUUAAAGCUUGCUGCUUAUCUCCCAAACAAAGUAAGUUAAUGCUGUGUCUCCUUGAGGCUCAGUCCAGAAUAAAAGAAUCCAUUUUUCUUA